AUGCCAAAUGAAUACAGUGAGGCAUUUCUAUCAAAGCUGCCUCUAAUCUUUCUUUCACUGUACUGUGUUUGGUUUUGUUUCUGUAACAGGAUAAAAAAGAAAACCACUAGAGUUUCUCUGACCAUCAGUUCCCUGGUUAACGAAACCUCCAACAUCAGAUCAAGUUAUUCUACCUUAGUUCAACCAUUGUGUAUUGACCCCCAAAGGAUGCAGAGUCCCUGCAGCAGCCUGUCGGGAUCCACCUGUAUUGCCGCCCCUAUGUUCACCAAGCACCUUCAAGACAUUUCGACAACCAGCGGUCAGUUUGUUGCAUUUGAAUGCCGAGUCCAGGCAACAACCACAGUUCAAAUUCACUGGUACAGAGAAAAAGAGCAGAUAGCAGACUCUGAGGACUUCCAGAUUCUGAGGAGAAAGGCUUCUUUAUCAUCCAUUCCCGAGGAAGUCUGCACCUUGAAUAUCACAGAAGCAUUUCCUGAAGACUCUGGGGAAUUCAAGUGCAUUGCAGAAAAUGAGGCUGGGACUGCAGUCUCCACAGCAAGACUCUUUGUUUCCCCAGGAGGAAAAGAAGUACAGAAAUCAGAGAGUUCUUCAAAGUCACCCAUGAGCAAACUUGCUCCAAAACUGGCCUCUUUUCCCUGGAGCAGUGAUAGCCACACAAAGGACAAAAAACCAGAUGAUACCCCAAUGGACAUUAUUUCUACUAUUCCUGAACCAGGCCGUCACAGUGAACAUGAGAUCCAGGUUCCAAAGGAGGAUUUCUCCAAUGAAAAUUCCUCUGAGCUACAACCACAAUGGUAA